AGUGGGGCUAAAAGUCCAUGUCCAGACCUAGACCAGCCCUUGUUCAGCCCUGGCAUUCAAUAUUCAAAUCAGACUGAGGCAACGUUGAACAGAGAGACAGACAAGCUAAAAAUGGAUUGAACAUCAGCCCAGUGAUCUGAAACAACUCUUCAAGUCCAAAGACAGAAGCUCAUCCACACAGCCGGGUGAAAGUUCAACGGUGAAAGAAGGGGGUCCCACUCCGAUCUCACCAUGGACUGGAAGACGUUUGAGGCGCUGCUUAGCGGGGUCAACAAAUACUCUACCGCGUUUGGACGCAUCUGGCUCUCCGUGGUCUUCGUGUUUCGCGUCAUGGUCUUCGUCGUGGCCGCAGAACGCGUCUGGAGUGAGGACCAGAAAGACUUUGACUGCAACACCCGCCAACCCGGCUGUGCCAACGUCUGUUACGACCACUUCUUCCCCGUCUCCCACACCCGGCUCUGGGCACUCCAGCUCAUCUUCGUCACCUGUCCCACCUUCAUGGUCGUGAUGCACGUGGCGUACCGCGAGGAACGCGAACGCAAGUACCGCAUCAAACAUGGUGAGAACGCCCAUCUCUACGACAACACAGGACAGAAGCACGGAGGACUCUGGUGGACAUAUCUCCUCAGCCUCUUCUUCAAGACGACCAUCGAGGUGGCGUUCCUCUACCUCCUGCAUCUCAUCUACAACAACUUUGACCUGCCGCGACGCGUCAAGUGCGACCUCUGGCCUUGUCCCAACCAGGUGGAUUGCUACGUCGGCCGGCCCACAGAGAAGAGGGUGUUCACCUACUUCAUGGUGGGAGCGUCGGCUGUGUGUAUAGUGCUCAACGUGUGUGAGAUAUUUUACCUGAUAGCCAUCCGGGUGCUGAGGAUCAGCCACAGCAGAAGCCUCCACACCUCCCCCAAGAUGAGCUGCUCUGAGCUGGACUGUGAUGGGUGUCAGACGCUGGCGGUGACAGCAGAGGAGCAGAAGGGCAACGAGAAGAACAUCUGUCUUUUGAGUCAGACAUGAAACUUUUUACAAUUGAACUUCUAUUAAGAUGCAAAUCUUUUAUUGACUAAAUGUUGUAAGCGAAAUCUGACUGUUAUCAAUACAUUUAUUUUAGUCAAAUGUAAUUUGUAUGGCCAACACCUCGCCCUCCCUUAUGGACACACCCCUGUGAGGGUGAAAGAGUUCUUGAAAGGGAUUUGACAGGUCGUGUUCCCCUGCUCAGACGUUACUGACGAAUGCCAGAGUUAACAACGCCUGGUAGGUAUUUUACGUAUCAGCUAACCACAUCAUGUGCUAAUCUGUUGCCCGAUGGCACAGUCGAUGUUGUCGCAUGCAACCAUUGGUUGAUGCAUGUAACAUCUGAGCAAGGGAACGCAACCCCCUGCUCAUCUGAUCUGGUCCCCUGCAUUUUUCUGUACUGUUUUAGCUUUUAAGAUUUACAGUUCAUUGAUUAGCCAUGAUAACUUCUAAUUAUUAUCUUAAUUUGUUUUAUUUUUGGUUCCUUAGUAAUUUCUAGUUUGCUUACAAUGAAAUGCAGGGCAGUGUACAGACCUUUCAGGGAGCAGGUGCUCAAAAUGAAAGUCAUAUCUCGAACAUAACAUUGACAUUUUUUGUCAUUUAGCAGACGCUCUUAUCCAGAGCGACUUACAGUUAGUGAGUGCAUACAUUAUUUUUUAUUUUAUUUUUCAUACUGGCCCCCCGUGCGACAUAACUACUAACUGCCUCUUUAGCAAACAUUUUAAAUGUUUUCAGCAUAGGCCUGUUUAUUUCUACCACAACACACUCACUCAUCACAAACUGUAAGCAAGCUUGUUACAGAGCCUCCUGAAGACAUGAUUGACAUCUGAAAGAGGGUGGGCUAGCAGCUGAUCAUUGAUAUUGAUGAUUGAUGUAAAUCUGCUAUUUAGCUAGCUAAGAUUACUUUUUUUUACUGAUUGUGAUUUAUCUUCAAUGCUCUUAAUUAAUAACUUCAGAUAAACAGCCUAAUAUUCAUAACCUUCAAACUAAUGAAAUAUGGCUGGCUGGCUGGCUAGUGGCUUGUGUGGAUAUACAGGGCAGACCAA